UUAGUAUAUGGUUCAACUAAAGGAUGAUUCGUCGGAAGCAUCAGAACACUCGACUGUAAUAAAAGCUCCCGAGGAACAGAAACCACUGUGGCCUUACUUACUCCUGACAGUUGCAAUAGCACUACUAGCUAUUGGAGCUCAUUUUAUACAGAAGACCUCACCUGAUGGGAAAUUACCAUGUCCUUUCCAUGCAGCCUUUGGAUCACUGAGUAACCUAAAGAAUCCACACAAUCCUACAUCAGACGACCCUGUUCCUUCCAAUGAACAAACAUCACAAACCGAACAAAAGGAACAAACAUCACAAACCGAACAAAGGGAACAAACAUCACAAACCGAACAAAGGGAACAAGCUGAUCAAUACGACUCGACACUUUAUUCUGAAGAACUAGUUUAUGGGAGCAAGAAAAAACUAGCCAAUGUUUACCGAGGAAGAGUGUUGACUAAACCAGAGCUAGCUGAGCAUGGGCCAAGUUCAGAAAGACCAUGGGUAGCAGUUCUUGGACAGAUUUACGAUGUUGCUGCUGGAAAAAGACAUUACGGCGACGGGGGGUCUUAUCAUUUCUUUGCUGGCAAGGAUGGAUCGAGGGCAUACUCGACAGGGCAGUUUGACGACGAAGGGUUAAUUGAUGACAUAACUGGCACAACUGUACAGCAAAUCGGGGAGAUAUAUCAUUGGAUCAACAUAUUCAGCAAGAAGUACCCUUUUGUUGGUAGACUUGAGGGUCCGUUCUUCACCGCUGGAGGGCUGCCAACUGCUCACUGGCGCGAAGUUGAAGACUCACUCUCACAACUCAAUGCUAUAGAGAAAGAGAAGGGUGAAGUUCGCCGGAAGUUCCCCUCCUGUAACAGCCACUACGAUCAGGGUGCUGGGAAAGCUGAGGUCUGGUGCACUGAGAAGAGUGGCGGAAUAACGAGAGAUUGGGUGGGAAAUCCACGCCAACUCCACCUCCCUGGAGAGACUGUACGGUGUGCUUGUAUUCAGGAGUCGCUACUUGAUGAUCCUAAACUCAAGGAAUAUCCGGACUGCGAGCCUACUUCUACCUCUUGUAAGAUCAAAUUGAAUUGAUCGACUCAACUGUUAUACCAGAUCAGAUCGUCACUUUUCCUCCUGUGGGCUGUGACAAGAUUUAAACUUUACCUAACUUUUCAUUAGUUCCUCCAUUAUUAUUGUCUUUAUACGUUUUUAGGUUUAUAAAUUGUAAUAUCUUUGAUGUAUGAAUAUUUUGACAUUUUGGCUGUAUUUCAUCAAUUUAUCUGUUGCACAUUUUCAAUAAAAUCUUUUUUAAAAGCCGUAUUUUUUAAAUUGAGCAGUCCAUCACAUCUUGAACAUCAUUAAUAAUUUUAGUGCAAUGAUAAACAAAUUUCACUAACUGAUAUCGGACUCCUUACGUCGUCUUAGACAUGUACCACAAUUGAACUCUUAAAUUAUUUGAAUUUAUUAGAUAAUUACAAACUAAUUGUUCUGAUACUCCCAGCAAGCUAGCAUGGGUGGCGGAGAAAAAGUCAAGAUCCGGAACAUCCACGAGUACAUCCAGAAACUGCCCCAAGUCACACAAGAUCGACUGUACACCCACCCAGCAACAUGUCUAGCUCUCUUCAGAUCUCUCUCUGAAACUGCUCAGCAGUAUGUCAUGCGGCUUCUCUUCUUGUCCCAACCCUUUGCGCUGGACGCGCUAACUUCAUGGGUUGUUAAUGUUAGAGAUAAAGCCAACCUGGACGCUACAAAACAGCUGAAAUCAGUGAGGCUGUGGAGUGUGGUUAAGUUAGAUAACGGUAACGAUGGUGUGACUUUACAUCCUAAUUUUAGAAAAGGACUAACAACCGCUAUGUGUGGGGGCGGGAUGUCCUGGUAUGGUAACCAUCAGUUGGAGCCUGACAAGAAACCCAAAACUGUUGAAUUCUUAGACUUGUACGCUAAGGAACGUUGGGAAUGUCUGUUGCAGUACAUGGUCCAAGGUAACUCUGAUUCAGAUAAAGUGAGUCCAGACAUAGCUAACUUGUUGCUACAGUCCGGUAUGAUUAACAAAAGUGGAAAUGAACAUGCCAUCACCAGUGUAGGAUUCCAGUUUCUCCUCCUCGACGCUCCCUCUCAGAUAUGGUACUUCAUGCUCAAAUACCUUGACAAGUGUGACACAAUCGACCUCAACCUCACCACAUGCCUAGCCUUUAUAUUCCAACUCAGUUUCUCAACCCUGGGUAAAGCUUACCCGAUAGGAUCUCACGCUACAUUCGUUCAACAUCUGAGACAGAUUGGUUUAGUGUAUCAACGUAAACACACCUCACCCUGGUUUUACCCUACUCGACAUGCUAUAGACUUCCUCUCUGCUGGUUCUAACAAGUCAGCUGAAAGGAAGGAAGGGUUCAUCGUGGUGGAAACUAAUUUCCGGGUAUACGCCUACACUUCAAAUGAACUCGACAUUGCUCUUGUGGCCCUGUUUGCAGAAACCCUGCAUCGGUUCGAGAGUUUUGUAGUCGGUCAAAUGACUCGAGAGAGCGUACAGUUGGCUCUACAAAACGGUAUCAGUGCAAAGCAAAUAUUAGACUUCCUGGAAUCACAUGCUCAUCCCCAAAUGUUGAAAAACAAGCCGGUGAUAGGUCCAACUGUUACAGACCAGAUGUAUUUAUGGGAAAUGGAACGUUCUAGGCUGGCCACAGAGGAGGGGGUCUUGUACUCCCAGUUUUUGAGUGAUGCUGAUUUUAAGGUGGUACAUGAGUAUGCUCAGAACAUUGGGUCAGUUCAGUGGUCUAAUGUUCAAAAGAGAUUGUUGGUGGUCAAUAAGAAGGGCCAUGGUGAUGUUAAGAAGUAUUGGAAAGCGUAUAAAAAGGAACACGGCGAAUGUUAAAUCUUAUUAACGGAGGGUACUGACUACUAGCUUAUCAUUUUGAUACAAAAUUGAUUUGAAAUUUUUAUUUGUUUUAAAUUCAA